AUGAUCUCCCCAUCACUCCCCCUCUACCUCAUCGGCGCCCUCCUCGCCGUCCACACCUUCCUCCCCUUCCAACACACCACCUCAAAAUUCCUAUACCUCUCCCACAGAGUAGAGCACUCCGGCCUCUACGUCAAAGGCCACGACGACAUCUACUUUGUCUUCUUCUGGGUCGUCGCCUUCACCUUCAUCCGCGCAUUCAUGAUGGACUACAUCUUCGUCCCCUUCGCCGCCCGCGCCGGCAUCUCCUCCAAAAAAGAUCUCGCCCGCUUCGCCGAGCAAGCCUGGAGUUUGGCCUACUACCUCGUCCUCACCCCCCUCGGCACUUACCUCGCCUACAACUCCCCCUACUGGUUCAACCUCGACGGCCUCUGGCUCGACUGGCCCCACCGCGAGCUCCAGCCCCUCUUCAAGUUCUACUACCUCGUCCAGCUCGCCUUCUGGCUCCAGCAGAUCUUUGUCCUCAACAUCGAAAAGCGCCGCAAGGAUUUCACCCAGAUGUUCACCCACCACAUCGUCACCUCCGUCCUCCUCGUCGCAUCCUACAACUACUGCUUCACCCGCAGCGGCAACGUCAUCCUCUGCCUCAUGGACGUCGUCGACAUCGCCCUCUCCUCUGCCAAAAUGCUAAAGUACCUGGGCUUCCAAACCCUCUGCGACUGCGUCUUUGGCAUCUUCAUCCUCCUCUGGAUCAUCACCAAGCACAUCCUCUACGUCAAAGUCACCCUCUCCGCCAUGUUUGACGCCCACCACCUCAUCGGCUACAAGUGCUUCUUCGAUCCCCUCGACGACGUCGUCAGUGUCAGCGACUCGCAACUCGUCGCCCGUGGACUCAACAAAACAAUAUCUUCCUCCGGCGACGAGCAAUGCUUCACCGAACUCGUCCAGUACUCUUUCGUCGGCUUGCUCUGGAUCCUGCAAGUCAUCUCUCUCAUCUGGCUCUACAUGAUCUUCAAGGUCGCUAUCAAAGUCGUCACCGGCGCUGGUGCCGACGACUCGCGAAGCGACGAUGAGGAGGAAGACGAGUUGGAGCAUGAAAAGAAGCUGGCUGAACUCCCAGAAGACGCCGACGACGAUGAUGAUGAAGUUACUCUUGUCGAUAGCCGUGAGAGCAUCUCUGAAAAAGCUGAUUGA